AUGCUUGCUACUUCCUACUGCACAGAUCGUUAUAACAAACCAAGUAUAUAUGAAGAUUAUUCGACAGAUAUUCAUAAUAAUAAAAUUUCAUGGUUGAACUUUUUAACUGCUCAACCAAUUCCAGAAGAAACUGAAAUGUCUGAUUGUUCAGAUAGUGAAAGUUCGAUAUCAUCAACUGAAGAUUCUUAUAUCGUUCUUGAAGUACGAAAACCUCGUUCAAUUGAUAAAACAACAGAUAUUAUAGAAAAUAAAUUACAUUUUGCUCAAAUAAAUAUUGAUGAACAUAUUGUAAAGUAUGAUCAAAUUGCUAAACCAAUAACCACGCGGGUAGCAUUGCAAGCACAUGCCAUUGAAAUUCAAGUGGAAUCUUUGAUACAAAUUGAUGUAUUUGAAAAAGUUAUACAACGAACUAAUCGUAUUCUUUUUCAUACACCUAAAAAACUUGAUAAAUCUGUCUCGGUAUCUGAUAAUGACUUUACCGAUUCCAUGGAAUUACAAACAAAUUGUCCUAUUAUUGAAGGGGAACCUAUGGAUAUUCAUUCUUCACUAACAAGUCUCGAUUCAAUUGAUAAGGAUUCAUUAAUUGAAAACAAUUAUUCUGCUGUAUUAACUCAACAAAAAGCAAAUUACAUUGAAGAAGAACAAAAACCUCCAAUCAAUGAAAUAAAAACGUUAAAACGUCGAUUAGCACCCAAUGAUGAAUACAAAGAAAAAUCGAAUCGAAUUAAAGAACAAAAAAUUACUCAUACACAAAUGAGUAAUAGUUUUUCAAUAACAAAUAAACAAUCAAAAUCAUCAACAUUAUUUCGUUUUAUAAAAAAUCAAACACGACAUAUACAAACCAAAUAUAAUAUGUCUAAUCAUGAAAUGAAAUCUAAUGAACCAUCAUUAGUUCAAAUAAAAUAUUUCGAUGGACGAUCAAGUUUAACCGAUAUGAAUAUUCAGGGAUCACAAAUUUUAUGUAAUCCAGUAUCACCAUUAAGUUCAUCAUCGAAGUCUUCAUCUCGAAAACGAAUAUUAAAUCAUUUUUCAAUAUUUUCAAAAACAACUUCAACUGAAGAAAUAUAUUCAAAACCAAAAUUUGGAAUAUUCAAUGGAAGAAAAUCGAAAGAUAGUUAUGUUUGA